AUUUUGUUAAAGCUUUGUUUUGGAUUAUUUACUUAUUGUUACAUACAUCUAGAAAUGGUGCUUUGCAUGUAAUGUCACCUCUUUGUACGUAAUGUUGAUAUUUUCUGUACUUUUAUCUUUGGUACCUUGGCAUUAAUUAAAAAAAAAUGAAGUCGCUUUAAAAUUACGUCAGCCUUCGUCGCGCCGCGGUGAAGCAAUCGGACAACAAAUACGCACUUCGGAGGAUGCAGCUUACGAAUUGUGACGCAGUUUAUAUGAGGUGAAUUGCAGCUGCAUUAAAAUAAACUUUAGACGGGCGUUCGGUGUUUUAACUAAUCAAGCAGAAGAUGCCCAAGGAAUCUGAUGAGUCCUCCAAGGAGGAGCAGAGUAAGAUUGACAAGGAUGGGAUAGAAAACACUGCGGAAACAUCAGAAGAAAUGAUCCGGAAGAGGAUCAGAACAAAUACUCCCAGUCCUCACAGACUCACCCCCCAGUCCAGUCCACCCAGGUUUGUGUCAGUGGAAGAGCUAAUGGAGACAGCCAAAGGAGUCACUAAUAUGGCAUUGGCCCAUGAGAUAGUAAUGAACAGUGCUUUUCAAGUCAAGCCUUAUGAGCCAGAAGAGAGAAGUUUGGAGAGACGGGUCAAAGAAAUAAUGCAAAAAGCAUUCUGGGAUUGCCUUGAGUCACAGCUGAAUGAGAGCCCACCGUCGUACAGCCAUGCUGUCACACUGGUUGGUGAAAUUAAAGAGACCCUGCUGUCUUUUCUAUUGCCAGGACAGAGCCGACUGAGAGGGCAAAUUGAAGAGGCUUUGGACCUCUCAUUGAUCCAGCAGCAGGCUGAGAAUGGAGCUCUAGAUAUCAGUAAGGUAGCUCAGUUCAUAAUUGACAUGAUGGGCACCUUUUGCGCACCCUGCCGUGAUGAAGACAUCAAACAGCUGCGUGAAAUCACUGACAUUGUGCCCCUUUUUAGGUCUAUAUUUGCAGUGCUGGACAAAAUGAAGAUCGACAUGGCCAACUUUGCUGUGAGCAGCCUGCGACCUCACCUCUUACAGCAGUCGGUGGAAUAUGAGCGGAAGAAAUUCCAGCAGUUCCUGGAGAAACAACCCAAUGCUUUGGAUUUCACAAAGAAAUGGCUCCAGGACACAGCAGAUUAUAUAACCGGAGGAGGAACGGAGGGUGGAGCAACAUGCACACCAAAUUCUGCUCAACUUCCUCUAACUAUACACAAUCAUGCCUAUUUACGACUGUUAAAAUGGGACCAUGAUACUGAGUCUUUUCCAGAGACUUUUCUCAUGGAUCAGGGCAGAUUUCUGGAGAUGCAGCGGGAGCUGGAGCAACUGGCACUGGUGGCCUCGGUCCUGCUCAUAGUCUAUAACAGUGCUGGCGAGGCCAUUUCUGGACUCCCAGGCCUCAUGGAAAGACUGAAGAAAACCAUUAAAAUUCUGUUAGCGGAGAUGCACACUUCGUCCUUUAAAGCGGAUGAAACUUUUGCUGUGGUUGCAGAGAAAUUGUGUGUGGAGCUCAGAGGAUGCUUGUCUCAGCAUGGCUUUUCCCCAUUUUCCUCUGACAGAGAGAACACGUUGAAAGGCCAAAUUGUAGCUGCAAAGUCUGCGGACAACCCCAUACGCAAGGUCAUUGACUCCCGAAUCCAGACAUACCUUCUUGGCUUCCUGGAAUCAAGCACCCACCGGUGUGCUCCGGCUCUCCCUGGAGGUCUGACACCCAUCAGCAAAGAGUUAGAGGAGAUUGCCGUUAAGCUGGGACGUUUGGUGACCUACAACAAGCUAGUUUACUCUCCGUUCUAUCACAAGAUCCUCCAAGAUGUUCUGAAACAAGGGGAAAGUUUAGAUGUGUAAACAAAACUCCUGAAAUACUUAACACUAGUGUUCCUGGCUUUCACAUUCUGUAGCUACUGUAUGUACAAAUUAAAGUGUCUGUAAAUUAGCUAAUUAACCCCUUGAAGCUCACACGCUAGCACUAACAAAUAUUUAAGGGUUAAGAGUCCUGACCUCCUCUCAUUGCAUUCUAUAUCAGGGAAUAUUUAUGAACGUUCAAGAAAUUUGAAUUGCCUAAAGCUUGGAUUACUUUAGGCAAUAACUGAUAACUGUUAGAAUAGCAUACUGAAAUGUAAUUGAGGAGAACCUUGCGAAUACUGUUGUUGUGUGCAACAAAAUAAAAAAGAAUACUUGCAUUUUACAAAAGAUUCACUUCCAACAACAUUUUGAGUAGUUUCAAACAUUUGCUGUUGUAGCCUGAUCCCUUCCGUAAAGGUGUUAUUGAGGUUUCCGGUUGUGAGGAAAAGGAUGUACAGUACAGCAUUUGACUGGUGCCUUUUUUUUGUGAAGUGCCACUCAUAUUUUUCUCUUUACUGCUCAUUUUAACCUAUAGAUUACUCCCAUGUUGUUCCCAUGUUCGCGGAACACUUGGAACACCAAGCAUGGUCUUUUUAGAGUAUUCUUGAUUUUAAAAAAAACAAUGUUUCUAUCAACACUGAGCAUGUUUUACAGAAGACAGCUUCACCUCACAAGCAACUAUAUUCCCCAACAGCCCCAACUGCACAUUUCUCUGUUCUACUCUCAUGAAGCUCUAAGGUGUAUCUUAUUAAUGCAGUAUUACUAAUGGUUAUUUUAAACUGAAUGCUGACUCCCAAUAAAAUGGUUAAUGGAGGUGUGUAGA